UCGCGCCAGUGACCACGGCGACCUUACCCGACCAACGAUUCAUCCUGAACUGCCACUGUCAUCAAUCAAAUCCACCGCAAUCAUCGUGGUUCAAGGAAUUUCUACCUGGACUUGUACUCCUGCCUAGUGACCAGCUGAUCUCCAUCAAAACAGAGAGAGACCAGGACGUGCUUGUUCAUGAAUCACAGCCAACAAGUAAAGUAAACAGAAAAUUUCGUUCGAUCACUGAGAAGAAAAAAGUUGGUGGAUCCAUCAACAGUGAAAUAAAAUGAGCCUCUGGCUCAUUGUGUGAUGUCUUCAAUAAUACUGGUGUCACUGUGCGUCAUUCGCAUUGAGAUUGUAGACCCAGAGGCAGAAGAGACAGCAAGCACAAUGGCAGCUAGGAAAAUGCGAGGAAGGCGAGAGCCUCGUGAUAUCACAGUGGAGAGUUACGCAAGUGUCACUGAGGGUCCAGUUCCUCUGCUGUCGUCCCAGGGAUCGAGUAAACCGCACUCAAGGCCAAACUCAGAGGAGUCCUCGUCGUCGUCGAAUCAGAUUAACACAGCAACUGUCGAGGGAUCUCCGCCCAACGCAUCAUCAACAGAGCAGAUCAAUUUUAUCUCUGGUAAUCCCUUUGUGGAAGUCACUAAAGGGAUCUUGCAUCUUUAUAAAGAAGACGAAUUAACAGAGAAACAUUCAGCCGCCGAUCGCAGUCACACGAUAUGUAUCCUCUCAGUCCCAGCAACAAUGACCUGUCACGACCUACUGACAUUCACAGCAGCUUGCCACCAGGACAUCCAGCAUUUUCGGAUUCUCCGGGACAACAGUCCCAACCAGUACAUGGCGCUCAUCACAAUGCGCUCGUCUGCUGCGGCGAAUGAGUUCUACGAUACGUUCAAUGGAGCCCCUUAUAAUUCCCUCGAGCCAGAGGUAGUUUGCCACAUGGUUUUUGUCUCGAGGGUCGAGGUAGCGGACAAUGGAAUGGCCCUCACUGGUCAUACAGAACUGCCUUCUUGUCCAGUCUGUUUGGAGAGAAUGGACGAGAGUGUUGAUGGAAUACUCACGAUAUUAUGCAAUCACACGUUUCACUCGAGUUGUUUGGUCAAGUGGGGUGAUAUUUCGUGUCCUGUCUGUCGUUAUGCACAAACACCUGAGCCUGUGGCAGACAGCCACUGCAUGGAGUGUGUUGCAGACACAAGCAACGAUGCCCUAUGGAUCUGCCUGAUCUGUGGCCACAUCGGUUGCUCUCGUUACCAUCAGGGUCAUGCAUUUGAGCACUACCGUGACACACACCACUGCUAUGCAAUGCAGCUUGAAAACAAUCGAGUCUGGGAUUACGUCGGUGAUAACUUUGUGCAUCGUUUGCUCCAGGAUAAGGAUGGAAAGAUGGUCGAGGGGGGCCAGGAGUCCACGAAGGGCGAGGGGGCAGCUGUAGACGAGAAAGUUGAUGCUGUGCAACUGGAAUUUACGUACUUACUCACUUCUCAGUUGGAGACACAGAGACAGUACUUCGAGGAUCGGUUGAAUCGCAUUGAGCAACGAUCCUCUUCAGAAAUUGGGGAAUUGAGGGAGAAGUUGAAUAUAAUUUCAGAUGAAAAUUCGCACAUUAAGGAGAAAAUAGUAGCUCUAACAAAAGAGAAAUUAGCUCUCGAAAAACGUUUGCAGACUUCUAUAACAAAGCUAAAUCAGUGUCAAUCUGAAUUGUCUGAGGAGAAGGAGUUGAGGCAGGCCCUUCAGUUAAAUCAGACCUCCUGGCAAACGAAGCACAAGCAACUGCAGGAGGAGCUGAAAGAAUGCAAAAAUGCAAAAGACAGGGAGAUCCAAGACCUCAAGGAGCAGAUACGAGACCUAAUGUUCUUCUUGGAGGCACAGAAGCAGAUUGAGAAUUCAACGGAUAAAGACGACAUAGCUGGUGGUACAAUAAUUGUCCCCGAGAGCUCCACGACGACCCCCAAAUCCCGUUCACGACGAAAUCGAAAGCACUGAUUCAUUUUUAGAAUGUUAUUAUCAAGCGAAAAUGUGAAAUACAACUUUACCUCAUUCAAUGAAUAACAAAAUUUUUAUUUAAACUCAA